GAUGGCGUCGUCUUAAGCAGAAAUCGGUGUGAAUGAGUGUAUCGACGUAAAAGUGUGCCUCUCUUGAGGCCCUAGUGUUGCUUCACGGUUGUUUCGGGUAAGAAUAAUCUCCACGACCAGAUAAGUGUGUUGUAGGCGUUGCUGAACGCCACUGAACAGACUUCGGACCUUGUUUCUUUUCUCGUGCGACCCUCCUGCGGUAACAGCCGGGGGAGGCGAGCUGCUGACAAACAGGAUGGACAGCGGAGAGUACAUUGAGAACAUGGACCCGACUUUAUCGGAAUUAGGGGACGAAUUCACCCUGGGAGACAUCGACGAGAUGCUGCAGUUUGUCAGCAACCAGGUGGGGGACUUCCCAGACUUGUUUGAGGACCAGAUGACCGCAGCAAGCUCACUACAGAGCGGGGGCGCCAACAUGACCCCACGUCAGGCCAUUCAAACCCCUCAAACUCCCCAAACUCCACAGACACCGACCCCUGUUGCCUACCAGAGCUCCAACAUAAGCCUGGCUGCCUCCCAGACACUUUCUCCCCAGACUUUACCCCUCACCCCUCCCCUCACCCCUGCUCAGACUCCCUCCCCCACCACAGCCUCCUCGGGGCAGCAGCAGGUGACCCGCAGCCCUCCGCUCCUUCAGCCACGGCCUCAAGUGGUCCAGCCCAUCCAGCCUCAGCCCCAACAGACAGCCCAGCCUGCCAUCCAGAUGCACACCCAGGGGAUUCCUAUGCAGACUCAGAGCUUCCCUGUCCACACACUGGUUCAGACCCACAGUCAGACGCCCCUCCCCAUCCAGACCCAGGCACCCCAAACUGUGAUGAUUGCCUCCAAUGGUGGGCAGUCUCGUUUCAUCCAGAACCCGGUCAUCUGCCACCAGAGCCCUGCUCCUGGUUUCCAAGUCCUCCAACCACAGAUGCAGAGCAUCAUGACAUCACCACAGCUCCAUCCAGUCACCAUUCAGCAUCAGCGCGUUCUGACUCCGUCAGGUCAGACCAUCCAGACUCUCUCUACUGCGCCGACCACAGUCCACGCUGUGCAACAGCAGGUGCAGCAAGUACCUGUUCUGGUCCAGCAGCCACAGAUUCUGAAGACAGACUCACUGGUUCUCACAACACUCAAACCAGAUGGCACUCAGGUGCUGUCGACCAUGCAGAGCCCCACAGGGAUCACCACCUUGACCACACCCAUCCAGAACACAGCUCUGCAAGUCCCGACGCUGAUGAGCAGCAACAUCCUGACCACCGUCCCCGUUGUGAUGGGAGGAGGAGACAAGCUGCCAAUCAAGCAGCUACAGCCAGGCUCCACCCACUGCACUAACGGAGCCAGGUCAAACGUGGAGCAGAGCCAGGUGACGGCAGGAGCAGUAGGUCCAGGUGGAGUGGUGAAGGAGGGCGAGAGGAGGACAACCCACAACAUCAUCGAGAAGAGGUAUCGGUCCUCCAUCAACGACAAAAUCGUGGAGCUCAGAGAUCUGGUCAUGGGCAACGACGCAAAGAUGCAUAAGUCAGGAGUGCUGAGGAAGGCCAUCGACUACAUCAAAUACCUGCAACAGGUCAACCACAAACUACGACAGGAGAACCUGGCCCUUAAAAUGGCCAACCAGAAGAACAAGCCAGUGACGCUAUCUGAAGAUGUGGAGCUCAAACAGGAAAUAGUGAUGAUGUCACCUCCGGCCUCGGACUCUGGUUCCGGUUCCCCUCACCAGUUCUCUCCCUACUGUGUCGACUCAGAGCCAGGCAGCCCCUUGCUGGAUCACGAUCAGGUGAAGAGUGAGCCAGAUUCUCCCUCCUCCGUUGGAGUGAUGGAUCGUUCUCGUCUGCUUCUCUGCGCCCUGACCUUCUUCUGCCUGUCCCUGAACCCACUGCCGUCUCUUCUGGGCUCUGAAGCCUCGGGGAGCCACACCCUGUCUGCGGGCCAUGGACCAUCUAGAACGCUUGUCUGGUUCCCAAGUCACACGCAGGACUUUGCCUCCUGGCUGCGGUGCCUGUUGCCGUGGGUGAUGGUGUGGGUGCUGAGUGGGGUGGGAGCGGUGUGGGGCUGUGUCAGGGUGCUCUACCUGUGGGAGCCUGUCACUCCCCUUCACUCCCCGAAAUCCGUGUCCUUCUGGAGGCAUCGCAAACAAGCCGACGUGCAUCUCAACAGGGGAGAUUACACAGCAGCAAUGGCUAGUUUAGAGACCUGCUUGUCCGUCUUGACCAGAGCUCUUCCCUCAACCAAACUGGACCUGGUUUGCUCACUGUCCUGGAAUCUGAUUCGCUACUGCUUGCAUCGUCCAACUCCUCUUGGUUGGCUUGUUCACCAGGUCAGAGGAAAGCACGAGGGGGAGGAGGCUAGGACAAGUGCGAGGGACGCAGCACUGGUUUACCACCGGCUGAGCCAGCUGCAACUCACAGGAAAGCUGCCUCAGCGUAGCAGCCUGUGGGCUUUGUCUCUCUCUCUCAGCGCUGUCAACCUCAGCGAGAGUGCCCAAGGCAAGAUGGCCUCUGCCGAGCUCUCCCAGAUCUAUGUCACUGCAGCAACAGCCCUGCGCACUGUGCUGGGCCACCACCUCUCCUGUUUGCCUGGUUACCUGCUGAGCUGUGCAGAGUGUGUGGCCAGCCAAUCAGAGACCAAGCCGAUCCCUGACUGCCUGCGCUGGCUCUUCACCCCAUUGGGCCGGCAGUUCUUCCUGAGCUGUGAUUGGUCAGUGAAGUCAGAGAACAGUGAUGGCGUGUACACUUCUCAGAGAGACUCAGCUGACCCCAUUGCCCAGCUGCACCGAUGUUUCUGCAGGAAGCUUUUGGAGAGAGCUGUUCACACCCUCAUCCAGCCGCAGAGCGACUCUGAAGCAGGCAAACGCAAGAACGACUCUGGGGAGUUUUCCAGUGCCCUGGAGUUCCUCCAGUUGUUGAACAGCUGUACAGAGGACUCUCCUUCCCCUCCUCCGCCCUUCUCGACUCCUCCCAAUCACACCACCACUCCAGUGGGAGACCCAGUGAGUCGCUGGUGGGCUGUGGUCUUAAAGGCUGCCGUGCAUUGGCUGCAGGGCGAUGAUGUUGCAGUGAGGUCACUGUUGGCAGAGGCCGAGCGAAUGCCGAGGGCUCUGCACACUCUUGACCGCUCUCUUCCUAAGGCUGUGCUGCUGCUUUGCAAAGCCGUUCAGAUGAGCCUGUCGCCUCUGAAGGGGGAAGGUGUAGUCACCUGCCUGUCCCACUGUGACAGAGCCAGCAGCUACCUGCGCUCCAGCAUCUCCGUACCGCUCACCCAGUCUGGGAACUGGCUGAACAAGGGGGUGGAGCUCCUGGUCUGUGACCUUCUGCUGACCUUGAGGACCAGUCUAUGGCAGCGCGGGAGCAGCAGUAACGGAGAACCUGGCCCGGCACCUGGAUCCCAGUUGGCUGGUUUCCAGAGGGACCUCAGCGCCCUCAGAAAGCUCACCCAGUGCUACAGACAGGCACAACACAAGGUGUUUCUUCAUGAGACCACAGUGAGGCUGAUGGCUGGAGCCAGUCCCACGAGGACACACCAGCUGCUGGAGCACAACCUCCGACGCAGGACACACAGCUCCUACACGGCUGAAGGUGAAUGCGUCCUGGGUGAGAGGGAGAGGGCUCAUGCCAUCCUGCUGGCCUGCCGCCACCUGCCCAUGCCCCUCCUAACCCCGCCCGGGCACCGUGCCCGCCUGCUGGCCGAGGCCAAGCGCACCCUAGAGCGGGUGGGAGACCGUCGGUCCCUGCAGGACUGUCAGCAGAUUUUGCUGCGCCUCAGUGGGGGCACGACCAUCGCCGCCUCCUGAGCACUCGCACGCAAACACACUCAGAUUAGGGCUACUCACAAUACACUGAAAAAUGAACUCUGUGAUUUACUGUCAUACAUACAAAGAUGUUAACCAGACUCAUCCACCAACAACAUUUAAUUCUAUAUAAUACUGUCACCCUCACGCUGAUCGAGGGCCAUGAAUAUGACUCUUGCUUCAAACUUUUCUCACACACAGACAGCUGAUUUUUACUGUCACAGCUUCAUAUAACUCUCAGUAGCCACAACGCGGCUAAACACCUAAAGGCUACACACUUGCUCCUUUGAUGCUUAGUUGCAGUGUUGCAGUACAAUCACGCCCCCUUCUGGUUAUUAAUGGUACCAUGCUGGCUAACUGCCUCGUUAGAAACAAUGCUAAACCACAUGGAAUAUCAGGUUAAAUAGGCCCCACAGGGAAAAGGGACCAUUAUCUCAUAGCUGUUUAAGAUAAUACAAUGCAGCAGUGCAUUGAUUAGCUGUAGGAUGCUAAGCUGUACAAUCAUUAUUGACACACAGCAUCAUGAGCGCUACAAUAAAUAUGUAAUGUCUUAAUAAACUUGCAAGCUUCGAUUAAGGGCUGUAGGGUAUUGAAGAGUAGGCAGCCGAGAUCUGUUAAGCAUGGCUGGGGCUGUAAGAUGCAGACAGAGAGUAGCCUGCUUUUAACUGUACAGUGCUGAGUAGUGUCUCUUCUUAUCUACCUCAUACACUGUACAAUGCCAGCAUUGUACUGUGGAGCAAAAUAGGAUACUUAAGCACCAUGUCAGUUACCCUGAAUUUGAAUCAAGUGACCAUUUGAAACGACGCUUCAAUCCAGUGCAGCGUCAUUCUGAUCAAACCUUUCUGAGCUGCUUUAUUUAGGCUUUAGGAUGCAGCAGGACAGUACUAUAGGAAUUUGACUUGCUGUUGCAAGAAUGGCAGACAGCUACUGCUGACAUGUUCCUUCCUAUCAGACAAGACACAGGGAAUAAAAAAUGAUUGGAUUUGCGGAACAUCUAAAUAACAGAGGGAAGCAGUCAAUCAUGGACCUACAGACACACACAUUCACACAAAUUCAUAUACACUGCCGGUCAAAAGCUUUAGACUACCUCAGUUUCUGCUUUUUUUCUCACCAGUGUGAAAACAUUAUACAAUACCACUUCCUACCUAACAGUAUUGUCCUAAUAAUGCAUCAGAGGGUGUAGCCACAGAGUUUGCUCCAGCGAUGCCUUUGUACAGACAGAGGGUUUAUAAGUCAGCAACAAAAGUUGGGACACUUGUAGGAAUUGUAGCUGCAAGUUAACCAGUUUCUUAAUGUCUGAAAAAGGAAUUAAGAAAUGAAGAAAGGGACGGGCAGUUUACAUCUUACCUUUGUUCUGUUUAAGAUUAUUCACUGGACUUGGACUGAUUCAGUUUGACUUUGAAAAUGAGGGUCUUCUAAAACCUUUGACCGGUAUUGUACAUAUUAAAUGAAUUGCAUACAAACUCACAAUGUGAUUGUAAAUAGGUUGUACAUAGGCAGAUAAACAGAAGUAGAAUAAACAGGAAGUUCUUACUUACUGCUUGAGAGAAGACGAAUGUCACAGAAAGCACUGUAACGCGUCAGAUUAGGCUCGUAAUGGUCUCCAUCAAAGUCGGCUGACUCACGCUUAAAAGUGAUUCUCCACCAAAAAUCAUUUUACUAUCAAACACUCACCUGCUGUAACCUUGCAAUGUGGCUUCUUCUGAUGAGGAACAGUGGCUAUGAACGGUGAAUUCAUGAUGGGUAGUCACAGGUUUCCACUGUAUGUGUUAAAUCGCCAGGAAUAGUGCAGGCAGAGUAUUCAGCAUCCCUGCUGUCCAUCUGUGAAAGACAUCUUUGGAGUCUACAGGCAGCGAGCAUCUGAUACUCCAAAGAUUUUGGGUGGAGUGUCACCUUGAGGCGUGAAAAUUAAGUGAAGAUGGUCUAAACACAGUGAUAAAAGUGAGAAAUGGUAUUUCUCGGAAGCAAUGUCCACACAUAAUGUAAAGCUCUCAAGCAAAAUGGCCUUGAUGUUAUGUAUAAAAAAAACUAUUAUGUUUCAUCAUAUUUGGACUGAUGGAGGAGUUUUAGAUUUGUGAAAUCUUUGUCCACUUUGCUUUUUCCCCCUGUCAUUCCCAUUUUCUGUGCUCUGAUUAUCUUAUUUAAUGUUUAUGUAAUAUUAAUAUAAAUGCUUUUUUUGGGAGGUUGGAAGGGAGCAGUUUUCAAUUUUAUCAUUGUUAUUGUUUUAUGUUGGUAAAGCAGCCUAGGGUCAGAAACUGUCAGAGGGAGAAUCUCUAAGAGGAAGAUGUGUAUUUUAUUGGACAGCUAAAUCCCGCAUUUAAACAAUUAGCACGAUAUUUUAGGAUCACUCUUUCUUUGGUACAUGCUGCAAUUUCUAUGUUGUUUGUAAAAUACAAGCAAACACACAUUUAUGCUAUUAGAAAUGUCCAGAACUCUGUCUUCCAGGUCAACUCAAGCUGUCAAUAAGUAACGUAAGGAGUCCUGACAAUACUUAUAGAAGUUUAGAUUUAGCUUUCCUGAAUGGUAAACAAGAAAGCAACAACCAGCCGUUGGCAGGCUGGUGUUUUUGCAGUCAUAAUUAUGUUUUUUGCCUCCCCGUGAUGUAUUUUAUUGUCUGAAUUUUUGUGUUCAUUUUGAUGUUUGUUUUAUAAUAAAACAGCACAUGGCA